AUGGCGGCCUCUGAGGCGGCGGCGGCGGGGCCCGCGGCUAUGGCCUCGGGGGCCCCGGCCGUCUCGGCGGCCGCGAGGGGUGCCGCCGCCGCCUCGGGCCCGUGGGGGCCCCCGGGAAGGCUGAGGGGAAGCCGGCCGCGGGUCGCUGCAGCGAGACAGCAGCCCGCGGCUUCGGCACCGCCAGCCCGGGAGCUGAUCCAGCCGUCGGUGAGCGAGUUGUCCCGAGCCGUGCGAACCAACAUCCUCUGCACCGUGCGCGGCUGCGGCAAGAUCCUGCCCAACAGCCCCGCUCUCAACAUGCACCUGGUCAAGAGCCACCGCCUGCAGGAUGGCAUAGUGAAUCCAACAAUAAGAAAAGAUUUGAAAACUGCACCAAAAUUCUACUGUUGUCCAAUUGAAGGAUGCCCCAGAGGCCCUGACAGACCAUUUUCUCAAUUUUCUCUUGUAAAGCAGCACUUUAUGAAAAUGCAUGCUGAGAAGAAGCAUAAGUGUAGUAAGUGCAGCAAUUCCUACGGCACUGAGUGGGACUUGAAAAGACACGCAGAGGACUGCGGCAAGACCUUCCAGUGCACGUGCGGCUGUCCUUAUGCCAGCAGAACAGCACUGCAGUCACACAUCUACCGGACUGGCCAUGAGAUCCCUGCAGAGCACAGGGAUCCACCGAGUAAGAAAAGGAAAAUGGAAAACUCCACACACAGCCAGAAGUUAUCCAGUAAGACCAUUGAAUCAUUGAUCAAUAAGCCAAACCCUAGACCAGACACUCAAGAACUAGAAACUUCAGAAAUAAAGCUAGUAGCUUCUUUUGAAGACUCUUGCAGCUCUAAUGCCAGAAAACAGACUCUUACAGUACCUACAAGAUAUCCUCAGAAGUUGCUUCUACCAAAGCCCAAGGUGGCUUUGGUUAAACUACCUGUUAUGCAGUUCUCUCCUAUGCCUGUCUUUGUGCCUACAGCUGACUCCUCAGCCCAGCCUGUGGUGGUAGGUAUUGAUCACCAGGGCUCUGCCACAGGUGCUGUGCACUUACUUCCCUUGUCAAUAGGCACCCUGGUUCUCAGCCUCGAUUCAGAGGCUUGCUCUCUUAAGGAGAGCCUUCCUUUUUCAAAAAUUGUAAAUCCUGUUGCUGUUGGGCCAAUUAGUACAGGUGUUCAAGUGAACUUAGGUAAAAGUCCAUGUAAUACUUUACAAGAACUAGGGAAUACAUGUCAAAAGAACAGCAUUUCUUCAAUCAAUGUACAGACAGAUCUGUCUUAUGCCUCACAGAACUUUACUUCUUCUGCACAGUGGGCUCCCCCAGAUUCCUCUGUAUCGUCUUGCUCUCAAACCGACUUGACAUUUGGUUCUCAAGUUUCACUUCCCAUUAGUGUUCAUACUCAGACAUUUCUGCCCAGUUCUAAGGUAACUUCAUCUAUAGCUGCACAGACUGAUGCCUUUAUAGAUGCUUGUUUCCAGUCCGGUGGAAUUUCCAGAGAAACCCAGACCAGUGGAAUGCCAAGUUCCACAGACAACCGAGUACAGAUGGACCAAGCUGUAAUGUGUGGGGACAUUUUUGAGAGCGUCCAUUCAUCAUACAGUGUUUCCACAGACAAUAUUAUAAGCAACAGUUUAGUAGCCAACACUGUAACUCAUGGUUUGUUACCUCAGAACAAUCCAAAGACUCUAAAUCAAGAUAUGGAGAAAUCUGCACCAGUUAUAAACUUCAAUACACAGAAUAGUAUGCUUCCUUCACAAAACAUGACAGAUAAUCAGACCCAAACCAUAGACCUAUUAAGUGACCUAGAAAACAUCCUGUCGAGUAAUCUGCCUGGUCAGACAUUAGAUAACCGUGGUCUCUUGUCUGACACUAAUACUGGACCUGACACACAGCUCCCAUCUGGUCCAGCCCAGAAUCCAGGAAUCGAUUUUGAUAUUGAAGAGUUUUUUUCGGCCUCAAAUAUCCAAACUCAAACUGAAGAGAGUGAACUUAGUAACAUGAACUCUGAGCCAGUCUUAGAAUCACUGGACAUAGAGACCCAAACAGACUUUUUACUUGCAGAUACCUCUGCUCAGUCCUACAGCUGUAGGGAGAAUUCUAACUUCUUAGGCCUUGAAAUGUUUGAUACGCAGACGCAGACUGACUUAAACUUCUUUUUAGACAGUAACCCUCAUCUGCCUCUGGGAAGUAUUCUGAAACACUCCAGCUUUUCAAUGAGUACUGAUUCAUCUGACACAGAAACUCAAACAGAAGGAAUCUCCGCUGCUAAAAACAUACCUGCUUUAGAAAGCAAAGUGCAGUUGAAUAGUAUAGAAACCCAGACCAUGAACUCUGGUUUUGAAACCUUGGGGAGUUUGUUCUUCACCAGCAAUGAAACUCAAACAGCAAUGGAUGACUUUCUUCUAGCCGAUUUGGCCUGGAACACAAUGGAGUCUCAGUUCAGUUCUGUAGAAACCCAGACAUGUGCAGAACUGCAUGCAGUCUCCAACUUCUGAGAGUGGAGUCCCCAUAUGGGGUGCCACUUACAGUUUCCUCCUGGAUUUAGAAAAUGGGGAACGGGGACAACAGUAUUAGUUGCUUAGAUUCUUUGUGGUUUUUUGCCUUUUGUACUUGUAAACAUGAAUUUGUGUAUAACUGUAAGUAUAUUAUAAAGUGUAAGAUGUUGAUUUAAAAGUGUUUGUGUGUGUGUGUGUGUUGCCUAACAUUGCCCCUUCACAGCUGGUCUUUCCAUCAUUUAAAAAAAAAAAAGUAUUUCAUACCUUUAAAAACAAUAUAUAGCCAUUUAACUGAAGCCAUGCUUACAGGUACUAGGGUUCAAACUUUUCAGAUCUUCAAAACAUUUUAGUUGAAGUGUAACUUAAAUUGUACCUAAAAUAUCCUUUUGACAGUGCUUGUUAGAAAUUCCUGUUUCCUGAUAACAAUAUCUAAAGUAGAUUUAAACAGCAGCGCUUACAUGGUUUGCGACUCAUGCCGCUUGCAGCCUCAUGUUUUAACAUCUUCCUCUUCUCUGAUUGGAAAACUUACAGCUGUCUUUAACGUCUGAAAUAGUUUUCAUGUAGUCAAUGCUAUUUGUACUUUAUGUGAUUAUUGAUACCAAUAUAUGUGUAUAGUACUUUCUUCACAAGAGGUUUGUGGCUGUAAAACUACUCUUUCAAGACCCUAUUAUUUUCUGCCCUUUUAUCUUUUUAUUUUUUUUUUUAUAUACCAUGUGUUUUCAUUAGUGGAAGCAUGCUGAGUCAUGGAGUGUGUUUAAAUUUUUGGUGGGUAAGAUGGAUUUUGAGAAAUAUCUGGGAAUACAUGGGUUCCACAAACCUUGGAGGGUUCUCAGGCACCAGGAUUGGUGGGUGCCCAUCUGUCCCACCAAUCAUGGCUGGCAGGAGUUUUUGCAACAACAAACACAAAACAGACCUACCAAGGCUCCCUAACUAUCACAAGGAAACCAUAGAUACGCUCACAAGUUUAUCUAGCUGUGCAAAAGCCAAAAGACCAGUUUUUUACCCAGUCACACUUCCUGGAUGCACUACCUCAUGUUUAAGGCCAAUACCCCAGCUGUUUUGCUUCAGUGAACAUUUCUUUAACUGUUAACAAGUCCCUACUGGAGGGCAGCAGAUUCUUUUAACAGGAAAAGUAGAGUCCCAAGAAAGAGUUGGAAAAAGUAGGUGGGAUACUAUAUGUCCCACAGAUCAUGAAAGGGUUAAAGGAAUAAUAGUGUGCACUAAUAUGUAAAUAGUGAUCCUUCUAGUCUAAAUAAGUUGUUUGUUUGUUUUAAAAUCAUCCAAACUGUGGAAGCACUGGGUUGUGGAACCGCCUGUUAGUUCAUAUGGAGCACAUCCUUCCUGUUCUCCACAGUAGGCCAGAGUGGUGCUCAAGAGCUGCUGCCCAAAGUGCAUUCACAGACUGGAUCUGAGUUUUGUCUAAAAAUAGGUGGGAAAAGAAAUGGACAUUCCCUCCUCAAUUUCAAUGCUCUGCACUUCUACUAAGCUUAGUGGGGCAAGUGCAAUGUGCAGUUGUUUCAAGUAACUCCCCUUCCUUUCAUCCACUACUCAUCAUUUGCUUGAAUAAGGAAAGAUAUUGGACUAGCAAGAAUAUUCGUAUGUGUGCCUUGGGGCUAGCAAUUACAGAUCCAUCUAAAAUACGGUAUUCUACUUUUUUUUUUUUUGCUUUAUUUCUUUAAACAGUCUUCAAACAAAGAUUAAAAACCUAUUGCUUCAAUAAUAAAGAACAUUUUCUGUUUGAGGAUGGGAGUGUGGUCAGCUGUGCUUUUGGGGUUUUCUGUAUUUAGGAGAUCCUGAAUUCUUAAUUGUGGGCCAACUUUCAGAAAAGAUUCAGUGCAGUUUGUAAGUUUUCUAAGUUUACAAAGAAAUGCGCCAUCCCUUCUUUUGCACAAGCUUGUGCUACUGAAGGCUAAAUCCUCAAAGCCUAAUAAGGGAACUAACAAUCAUUAAAUUAAAUGAUGGUGUUGCUCCUAAUUCAUAUUCCAUACAUCUGAUACAGAGGAAUUGGUGGUUAAGGGAUAAUUAACAUAUCCUGGGCAUAUGAAUUCAACCUAAAAGAUGAAAGUUUUCUUUGGUCACAGUUGCCUAUGAAUAUGGGUUUCAAAACAAACAUAAAGCCUUAACUUAGAAUUUCAUUGUUUUAGACGUGUCACUGCCUUAAAGUGUAAACAUCUAUUUAAAUCGUCCUAAGAAAGGAGAAAUGCAUCUUUGUUUAUGGCUUUUUGUACAUAUAAAUGCAAUGAUUUAUGGCUUUAAAAAAACAUUUUGUUUCUGUGACAAUGUUUGUUAAUACAGCCGGUAGUUACUUGCAGCAAACUGGAGCAUGUAAUAUAGAGUUCAUGUACAAGUAAGAACUAUUUCCCCAAGAACCACAGUUACCUGAAUUGUUCUAAGAUUAUUUGUAAAAACUGAGAAUCGGUGAUUAAAGAGAAGCAAGAAUUCUA